AUGAAUGCUUCUGAGCAAUUCAAGAAUGGAACAAAAUGUGGCCUUAUAACACUAGGAGGUAGAACUUUAUCUGAGCAUGAUAAUUCUGAUUAUGAAGAUGAAAAUAUAGUUGGACUUCUUUACAAACUACCAUUCAAAGCCAAUGACUUUUCUUGUCCUGCUUUUUCAAAACCUUCUGUCAAGUCGUUAGCAGGCCAUGGUGUUAUAAAGGAAGGAGAGGUGCAGCCGGCAACUGGAAAAAAGGACAAUGGUAUUAAUAUUACUGAAAGUGCUCCACAAGAGCAAACAGUUAAUGACCAUCUGACUUCUGCUGAUAGAGCAUACAAAAGUAAUAGUAGUGUUACGAUGUCAGCAUUGGGAUUAGGAGAAGAGGAAGAUGGAGAAUCACCUGGGGAUUCUGAGGUACUGUUUUCUUCUUCUUCUUUUAAAAUAUAA